AUGAUUUCAGUUCUUGAUCAAAUAAAACAAUGGACCACAAUUGUUGGCGACUCUGGUGAUUUUGAGUACGCGACUACAAAUCCGUCCUUAAUUUUAGGAGCCAUUAUAAAUCCUCAUUAUGAUUAUUUAAUUAAUUCAACUGUUGAAUAUGCGAAGAGUAAAGAAAG